UGACAAACAAAACUUGUGAAAUCAGCUUGAAAGAUGGCAGCCGGCGAGGAUAAGCGUAAAAUAAUGGAAGAAUUGAAUAAAUACGAUCAGUUUAUUGGCUGCUCCAUCGAGUACAGAAAUGAUUUGCCCGAAUCGAUGCCAGGCCUCAAGUUUCUGCCAAGUGGCGCCAAGACUUUAAUGGACUACACCACGGAUCCAGUGUCGUUUCCAGAGCAAGAGACGCAGUACGAAUUCGAUUUGAAGGGACUUUACCAGGUGCUCGAUCUCGAUUUGAAUGCCCAAAAUCCGCAUGAGUAUCCCACUCAGCGUGGUAAAGUGGAUGCCAGAGAUGCCGUAUUGCUCACUGACAUUGUGGAUCCCAAUAGGCCGAUUCCGCCACCCAUCUCAGCACAGCAGACUGCCAAACAGCGACGCAUGGCUGCUCCUCGGACGCAUGCCAGCGUACAGCCCUUUGGUGUGAUGCAACUUCAUCAGUCGGAGAAGCAGGAGAUCGGUAUGGAUGCUGUCAGUGUGGAACAGCAGAAGCUGGCCAUCAAUCGCACAUUCGUGGACGUCAACAAGCCGUUGUAUGAACAUCCCUUCAAGCCGAACAGCGGAGUCCAUCCCGUGGCAGUGAUGCCCCUCUUGCCGGAGCAGCGAGAGUCGCACGAGUUUGUGCACGUCAAGUUUGGCAUUCCACCGAACAUCAAGGAGAAGAGUUUGCUCAAGAAUUGCGGCAACCAUUUGAUCAACUUCAAGGAGAUAUCCGAUCAGCCAGCCGAGACAAUCAACCGCGGCAUUACAAGCUACAUUUCUGAUCAGCGUUUCAGGGAAGAUCACAAUUCGGAGGCGGAGCGCUUCGAGCAUUUGGUGUUGCACGAGCGGCAUGGCCAUGUCUUCUAUCAGAUAGUCAGCAAUCAGCUCCGACUGCGCAAGGAGCGUCCCACGGCAAAUACUCGUCACGGGCUCUGCCUGCUGUUUUCGUCCUGCCUCAACUUGAUUUGGAUUACGCUUUGCGAUAACUCGCGUUUCUCCGACACUCUCGACAAAAUACGCAACGCGUCGACGACGCUUCGACACACAAAACUCACGCAACUCUGGCACGACACGUGUCGCACUUCCGUAGCGCUGGAAUCCCGUUAGAGUACUGGUUUCACCCACCGCAAACGGCAAUUGAAACGACGACGACCGCACAUGGAAUCAGCAGCAGCAGCAUCAGUCAGAACAACAGCAACAGCAGCAGCAGCAAGCACUUCUU